UUUUUCUUUUUCGCUUCCUUCACCAUCAGGCACGCCAACUGCCUGCAUUUGGAUGACUCGUAACAGAAAUUUUAAGAAAUAGGAUUCAGAAAGAAAAGGUUGAUAUAGUUGAUAACGACAUUAGAGGUGGACCUGUAGGAGGAGAUGACCUGACAGUUGGAGGAGGCCAAGCCUUUAAAGCGUCCAUAUGGAGUUGAGCUGUUAAAAAAAGCGUACCCUCCAAAGUUCACUGACUCGUCGCUGAAGAUAGGAUCCCGCCCACAAGAAAGAUGGCGGCUCCCUUGCUGGAGAAACUAUCGGAGUCUUUAGGUUCGCCGGAGCCAGCGGUUCGCCUCAUUUUAUCGGUUUUAAUAGGGUAUGUCUUCGCCCUGGUUUACCGGUGGUUCCUCUUCUACCAGCCCGCCACAGUCAUCCACUUGUUCCACAUUUGUUCUGGAUUGUCGCUAGCAGCGUUUAACUUUGCAGGCUCCCAGCUGUAUCACUCCGCAACAUGCGUCUUCGUCCAGUUUCUGAUGCUGAGGCUCAUGGGGAGGACGGUAACAGCCGUCCUGAGCAGUUUUACAUUUCAAAUGCUGUACCUGCUGUCAGGGUAUUACUAUACAGCAACAGAGGAGUAUGACAUCAAGUGGACGAUGCCUCAUUGUGUCCUCACUCUUAAACUUAUUGGUUUGGCGUUUGAUUUCUACGAUGGUGGCAAAGAACCACUGAACCCAGAGCAGAAGAAGGGCGCUCUGGCAUCAGUGCCCACACUGCUCGAGGUCUUCGGGUUUUCCUACUUUUACGGAGGGUUCCUGGUGGGUCCCCAGUUUACGCUGCGCAGCUACCAGAGUCUGGUGGCGAGGGAGCUCACCGACUGCCCCGGAAAGCCUCCCAACAGUGUUAUUCCAGCUUUGAAGAGGUUUGCUCUGGGCUUUCUCUGCCUGGCGAUAUAUGCAAUAUUUAGUCCUUCUUAUCCAGACAACUACUUUUUGACAGAUGAGUACGAGGCUCAGCCAUUCUGGUAUCGCUGUGUUUUUAUUCUGCUUUGGGGCAAAGUUAUGUUGUAUAAAUACGUCAGCUGUUGGGUUAUAGCGGAGGGUGUUUGUAUAUUGGCUGGUCUUGGGUACAAUGGAGUAGUGGAUGGGAAACAUCAAUGGGAUGCCUGUGCCAAUAUGAGGGUUUGGCUCUUUGAGACCACGCCCCUUUUUGGGGGAACCAUUGCUUCUUUUAACAUCAACACCAAUGCUUGGGCUGCAAGACAUGUGUUUAAGCGGCUGAAGUUUCUGGGAAACAAGACCUUGUCUCAUGUGGCCACGCUGUUCUUUUUAACCAUUUGGCACGGUCUUCACUCUGGAUACAUCCUGUGUUUCUCCAUGGAGUUCUUCAUCAUUACUGUAGAGCGGCAGGCCCAAGCUCUAGUGCGGGACAGUCCCCUACUGACAAAACUGGCCAACAGCCACCUCUACCCUCUCAUUUACGUAAUUCAGCAGUUUAUCCACUGGCUCUUCAUGGGGUAUCCUCUGGUGCCAUUCUGCCUUUUCACCUAUGACAAAUGGCUCAAGGUGUAUUCUUCCAUCUACUUCUGUGGUCACGUGUUCUUCCUCAUGGUUUAUUUAAUUCUGCCAUUCCUCCGUAAGACUCUGGUGCCUAAGAAAGACCAGAGCGAGAAAAAGCAAAACUAAAACCUGGUUCUGAGCCCUGGAAAAGGUCGGAGUAAAGGCUGAAUAUCCUCGAUCCUGAAAGGGAGAUGUGACGUUCGAGGAGCAGAAUAACAACCUAUUUAAAAGCCUUUAGUAAUAUAUAAAUAUGAAUAUAUGUUCAUGUAAAAAUAAAAUUCUAUAUAUUUUUGUGUUUUUAAGUGAGAGAGCUGGUUUUUAUAAACAUUGUGAGAAAUGUUUACAGGAAAUUACCGCUGUGCCACACAGGGUAAUUGUGAGCCAAUUGGGGCAGAUUCCUGCUUGUUUAUCAUUAUCACUCUCUUCUUUUCUGGGGGGGAUUUUAAGAUGCGUUUGACUCGUGGAACGUGAGAGACUUUCCAUGCUGCCAACACAGGAUUGCACUUAUGAGUCACAGGUUCUGAGUCUGUUUUUAGGCUCCUGUCCCAUGUCUGGCACUCAUAUUUAGCAGCAACACUAAGCCUGAACACAAGGUUUAAGCACGGUGCCACCAUAUAUAUUUCCUGAUGUCAUAAUACAACAUUCACACAUUUCUGGGGAAAGACUUAAAGGAAGAUGGGCUUGUUUUCUCUGCAAAUGGCUGCUAGUGGUUAUACAAGCACUGUAAAAUCACACACUGUACAACUAACACCCAACUCUAAAUGGCCUUGAAUCAAUGAAUGUUUCUGCCGUUCAUUUUGUCUGAUUUAAUUUGAUUUGUAAUUGAAAAAAGGUAUUGUUUUUUAUGAAGUUUUAUGAAAAUGAACACUUUGUAGGUUGUGGAUUAGAUCCAUCAGUCUCCUGCCUUUCCUUUUUUGAUUCAUAUCAGUCAGUUUUCAUCUCUCUUCCAACUCUGUGCCACCCCUUUGUCCAGGAACCCUAAUUCAGUUACAACCCUCACUUUUAAAUGCACAAAUGUGAAAGUGAAUCGCAUUCAGUGAUUCUAGUCCCUCUGAAGUCCAAUCUGAUCUGUGUGGAAAGAGGCCAUACGCUGUUUUUGAACGUGCAUCGGCCUGCUCCUGUGUUUCUAACAGCAGGUUGUAAUUAAUCAGAGUCAAGGAUCAUACCCCAAAUGCCUCUUUGUAAUGUAUAUAUUUUCUAGGUAAGGGUGAAAUAUGCUGCUGCUGCCACCGUCCUUUCCCACACUCGAGGACAAACCUCACUGUAGCACCGGCCCAGAUUUCAAUGAUAUUUAUACAGAACAUGCUGAUUAUUAAUUGAUGACUUACUAUUUCAAGGGACUCCUAAUUUGCCUUAUCCGAAGCAAAUGUACAAAUGAAAAAAUUGGGAUAUAAGGGGAUAUAAGUGAUUCUAAAUAUACUUUUGUACUGUUCAAUAAAAUGAUGCAUUUAAGGCAGGA